GACUGUGCUCAGAGCAGGAGGUUCAGUUGAUUUAUGCUCAUCUGUGCAGCUGCUUCAGUUUUAUUUUUAUUUCUAGAAUAAAUAGAAACUCGAUCAGAUUGAGUCAACCUGUUUUUUUUUCAUCUGUAAUCUCAGAUUAUCUCCAUCAUCCUGCUGCUAAAAUGUCCACUUCAGAUUCAGCAGGGAUUCCAGGAGCACCCGGGGCCCCAGAGGGUGAGGGUGGUCCUCCAGCUGCGGCCCCCAACGUUACGAGUAACAGACGGCUGCAGCAAACACAGGCGCAGGUGGACGAGGUGGUGGACAUCAUGCGUGUGAAUGUGGACAAAGUCCUGGAGAGGGACCAGAAGCUGUCGGAGCUGGAUGACCGGGCCGAUGCCCUGCAGGCCGGAGCUUCACAGUUUGAGAGCAGCGCCGCCAAACUCAAGAACAAGUACUGGUGGAAAAACUGCAAGAUGAUGAUCAUCAUGGUGCUUAUCGGCAUUAUAGUGGUAGCAGUCAUCUUCUUGCACUUCUUUUACUGAGCUGGUCAGCGGCAGACACGGG